ACAUUCUUGAUCAGCCCACGUCUACUUGGUUCCUGCAGAAAUCUUGCCAUUGACUACGCCAACCACCAAUCAUCACACCCACUCGGGCAGUGUAUGAAACCAUCCAAUUGCAUGUCAACAUUGACUCAAACAUCGACUCAAUGCGAGUCAGAUGAAGACCCUUUUGUCAUGAACACUUGAGCAACCUGGAAGGCUUCCUCCAGGUUGGGACGAUGCAGUGAGAGACGCAGUUGGCAUACCAAUCUCCUAUUGGCCGGUUCCCUUUUUCAGCGGGUCUCCCUAAACUUUUGCGCUCUGUUCAUGCCAAGAGGUUGCAAGAGGCAGCAUAUUCGCCCGAAGUGGCAGGGUGAGUAACACUGAAAGUCAGACUUGCUGCACGGCAGCUUCCAAACCUUGAGCGGGCUGACGCCAGACAACCAUGGGCGUCCAGGGGAAAGAGGGCGAUGUGGGAGGGCAAAGUCAAACCGACAUGAGCAUUUUCCGGCCGCCCGUCGUCCGCACGGGCACUGCGGCACUGAACAGGGCCCUGUUCACCAGGAGGGUGGACCUGGCUGCCGCCGCGGUCCAAGACCACAAGCUCAUCUCGCAGUACCGGAGGACGCUCCAGUCCAGCAGAGAACUCCUGCAUGUCGACCGGAUCUCGCCCAUCCGCCCGCACCCGGACCAGGCACUGGCCGGCCAGGGGCGCAAAUGCUUUCUCUUGAAUCCCAGCGUCAAGGCCGAAGCCCCUGAAACGUGGGGUCCGGUCCUCCGAGCUGGCGUCCAGAAGCAGGAGCUGACCGUCAUCCCGUACGAGCUUCAGCUCGACUACGACUACUGGAACUACCGCGACAUCAUGGUCUCCGUUUUGCCCGAAGAGCUGCACGAUGACAUCCCUACCGGCUUCAACAUUGCUGGUCACGUAGCACAUCUCAACCUACGGGAGCACUAUCUUCCCUACAAGCAUUUGGUAGCCGAGGUCCUUCUCGACAAGAAUCCGCAGAUCAAAACCGUCAUCAACAAAGUCGACAAUGUCGGGUCCGAGUCCGAGUUCCGCACGUUCCAGUAUGAAGUGCUCGCCGGCCCGGAUGACUUGAACGUGGAAGUCGCCGAGGGCGGCUGCGUCUUUCAGUUUGACUACUCCAAGGUGUACUGGAACAGCAGGCUCGAGACGGAGCAUCGCAGGCUCAUCAACAUCUUCCAGCCGGGCGAGGUCGUGUGCGACGUCAUGGCCGGCAUCGGGCCCUUCGCCGUUCCCGCCGGCAAGAAGCACGUUUUCGUGUGGGCCAACGACAAGAACCCCGAGAGCUUCAAGUAUCUGAGCGCCGCCAUCAAGAAGAACAAGGUCGGAGCCUUCGUCCGCCCGUUCUGCGAGGACGGCCGCACCUUCAUCCGCCAAGCAGCCGACUCGGUCCUGGAGGCGUCACAAAAGGGCGAGCACGCCGUUGUCACCCACAGGGUGAAGUCGCCGCCCCAGCAACCUACCCCAGCAGCCCAGGAGGGCCCCGCGGGCGCGCCCGCGCGGCCCACCGUCCGCGAGGAACGCAUCCCCAUCCCGCCGACCAUCUCCCACUUCGUCAUGAACCUGCCCGCGUCGGCGAUCGAGUUCCUCAGCAGCUACCGCGGCCUCUACGCGGGGCGCGAGGCCCUCUUCGCGCCGCACACGCCCGGGCGGCUGCUGCCGCUCGUGCACGUGCACUGCUUCGCGCUCAAGGCCGACGGCGACGACGACCGGGCGCCGCGCGAGGACAUCUGCGCGCGCAUCACCGCGGCGCUGGGCUUCGCCGUCCGCCCCGGCGACGACCCGGACGUCGAGGGCUGCGCGGUCAUCCACGACGUGCGGGAUGUGGCGCCCGCCAAGAGCAUGUACUGCGCGACCUUCCGGCUGCCGAGGGAGGUGGCGUUUGCCGCGAGGGAUUGAAAGCAGGGCGACGAGGCCAGGGAGCGGCUGGUUUGUUUGCUCUCCGAGGAGGAAAAACAAAGAGGCAGGCUUGUCAUGUGAGGAUGGUCUGAUUGGGGAGGAAGGGGGGUUUGAGCGGGGUUUCAGAGCCACACUACCGCUCUGGU